AUAAGAACUACAUAAUAACUAUAAAGAAUUGGUCCCUAUGAAUGGUCAUAUGACUCCAAAAUGGUGGUGCAUCGAAACACAAUGCUUUGGCUCGCUGCUUUGGUAAUUUUUGGUUCCUGUGCAGCACAGACGCCUGUUGUGAUAUGGCAUGGAAUGGGGGACAGUUGCUGUAACCCACUGAGUAUGGGCAGCAUAAAGUCACUGAUUGAGAACAACAUCAAUGGCGUGUAUGUCAAGUCCCUGGAAAUAGGCAGCAAUGUUGCAGAGGACACGGAGAAUGGGUUCUUAAUGAAUGUCAACAAGCAGAUUGCCAUGGUCUGCCAGCAGUUGGCUGCGGACAAGAAGCUGGCUAAUGGCUACAAUGCUAUUGGAUUCUCCCAGGGAGGACAGUUCUUGAGGGCCAUCGCACAGAAAUGUCCGACUCCUCCCAUGCUCAACCUCGUCUCGGUUGGAGGACAACACCAAGGUGUGUAUGGCUUCCCCAAGUGCCCAGGGAACAACGCCACCAUCUGUAACCUGGUCCGGAAGAUGCUCAACUUAGGAGCCUAUGUUUCAUUUGUGCAGGACAAUCUGGUACAAGCAGAGUACUGGCACGACCCACUCAAUGAGGAGGAGUACCGAGCCAAGAGCGUCUUCCUCGCCGACAUCAACCAGGAGCGACCAACCAAGAACAUGACGUACAAGGAGAACCUGCUGAAGCUGAAGAACAUGGUGCUGGUGAUGUUCCUGCAGGACACCAUGGUGCAGCCCAAGGAGAGCGAGUGGUUUGGGUUCUACGCCCGCGGGCAGACUACCCAGCUGUACAACAUGACACAGAGCGACCUCUACAAAAAUGACUACCUUGGACUGAAGACGCUGUACGAGAGUGGACGCAUCACCUUCCUGUCAUCGGAUUCAGACCAUCUUCAUUUCACCGACACCUGGUUUAUCAACAGCAUCCUCGAGAAAUUCCUCGUCUAAGCUUCCCCUCUACUCAUGUUGCUGAUACUCUAAACACUGAUUUUGGUUAAACUGAGACCCCCAUAAAACUCAUUAAUGACACAGUACAAUGUCUGACAGUGAGUACGUUCUCGGUCUCAUCUUGCCACAGAUGAUUACAAUACUGACGUCAGCUGUGAUUAUGUUAAUUAUGAAGAAGGGAACGAGGAUUUAGAAGGAAAAAUACUUGGUCAAAAUAAGGUUUAUCAAUGGUACGAAAAUAAUAUGUUGGAAACAUAUUUCCUUUAAGAAUAAUUUACAACCAACCUUUUCUAAAUUUUGCAAUUCAUCUUUGAAAAUUAUGUUACUGUACAUUUAUUUAACAGCAUUCCAGUAUUACCUUAGCCAUGAAUGUUUACUGUACAGUUUAAAUUGUGUAUGCUUACAGUAGAAAACUACUUCUUUACAAUACCAUAGAGCAGACAUAAAUAUUGCUGUAAAUGCUCAUGUAAAUAUAUGUAUUUCUUCAUAUCAAUUGUUUUUUUACACAACAUUUAACAGAUGGUAUUCUACCUUUACCUGUUUGUACAUUAAAGGGUAAAUAUUUGAUAAAGGUGUACAUAAUAUUUUAUACAAAUAUUGACAUGGCAUAAAACAGCAACAAGAUGCCUAUUCUUGGUGAAACAAAUUACUAUGUUUAUGUAAACCCUGUAUGUUUAGUUGUAUGUACAUUUUCAAUGGUAAAGGCAGUUAGACAUUCUUGCUUCAUGUGAUUUAACUCGUGGUGCGACCCUUGAAUCUUGAUAAAGUAUUUGGCCCUUCCCCCAUAAGACUUCAAUAAUACGGUACCAGUAAUGUAUCUUGCAAGUUUCUUCAUAAAUAGAGAAUUUGCAUACUGCUUAAAUUAUCAUGCUUGCCAAUAUGUUGUAUUUAAUUUCUUAAUCUCGUAAGUUCAGGACCUAACCUGCAAUAAAAGCUACAAAAUGAAGCAGCUAUUUCAUAUUGCUUUUGUAUUCUAUUGAUAAAAAGACGAUAUGUUUUGUGUAUAUUUAUUUUGGUUGCAUAAAAUAUGUACUAAAAUUUAUGAUCUAUGUUCUGCUCACUUAAUAUAUUUUUUAGUUGCUGUUUUUUUUAUCUUCACAUAUUGAUCUAUGUUGUUUCAAUAACUUACAUGAAGUAAAUUAUUUCACUAAAAGACUUUGUAUGUCAUUUUAUGGUAACGGGAUUGUUGAAGCAGUCCAUUUCCACAAGGUCAGCUCAAUUAGUGCCACGACAUUUGGAGUACACACGCUGACGUUAGAAGGAUCAUCUCACAAGUAUCAGAUGAACACUGAUAGUUUGUUUUAGCUUGUGUGUGCCACAGAUGUCAUACAAAGAUAAUACGAAUUCAAAACCUCUGUUACAUCUGUCAUGAAUCCAGUAUUUUGACCGUUAUCACACAAUAAUUUCUUCAGACUUUCAACAGUAGUUCUCUAAACUAUCAACUAUCCAUAAUUAGUUGUGCAACUAAUAGCGUCUUGCUCCCAACUUAUGCGCAUGUGUGAGGUCGGAAAAUCUCACUUCUUUCUUGUGUGUGCUGGUAUCAACAUUCCGAGUUUGUCACAGCAAAUUAUUUAAUUGUAUCUUCAGUUUGAAAUAGCCUAGUCGUUAAUAUCCUGUGAUACAGCUGAAGAGGAUUGUUAAUUGUUUACCUCAGACACAUAAGAAGGAUCAUCUAAAAAAUACUAGUGGACACUGAAAGUUAUAGCAAGUGUGUACUACAGAUGUAGCAUAUCAAGACACCUUCCCUGAAAUCUAAAUAAGGAACAAAAGCAACAAAGACUAUUGUGACAUACUUUUAUUAACUUGAUAAAUAAAUUUUGAUCAUGUGUCUAGAACGUGAAUCAUUUCAAAACUUUAUUAACAAUGUAAAAUGUAAGUACAUUCAACUAAAAAAGCCAAAACAAAAAAUCAACACGACUGAAAACAAUCUUACAUAUACAAAAAAGUGUAGACAAACCAAAUUUGAAGACAUCACAAAUAUGAGUGCAACUUCAAUAUGUAUAAAAACAAUGGAAUAAACUUGUAAAAUGUAUAUACAUCUAAAUCUCCACACAGUAACAAAAACAAAUUCCAGUGUGUAGUGGAAGAAGUUUUCAAGAAGAAAAAUAAGUUGCUUGUGCACACAAGAAAUCUGGCAAAAUGUCCACGUUAGUGUUCUAUGAGAUCAUCAACAAUAGAUUAAAUACAUGGUGGUCACUAGACAAAGUUGUGCUUUUUUCUGAAACAACACUGUGACUGCUAAGUUUGACUAGAAACCCACAAUAUGAUCAUGGUAUUAUGCUCCAAGUCAAAGGACGAGGUGCAAUAAGGGCCCUCUCUGGCCCCCUGGAAAUGGAAAAUGGUGAAGUCGUUGAAAAGUCUUUUUACAUUCACUUGCAAAUAUUGGACAUGGUGAUAUGCACAAG